AUCAGAUUCCUCUCUUGGAAGUCCAUAAAUAAGAUCCGAAGAAAUGGCGGCACCGGUUGUCGACGCAGAGUACUUGAAGGAAAUCGAAAAGGCUCGGAGAGAUCUUCGUGCCCUAAUAUCCAGUAAAAAUUGUGCGCCUAUCAUGCUUCGCUUAGCGUGGCAUGAUGCGGGAACUUAUGAUGCCAAGAAGAAGACAGGAGGUCCUAAUGGCUCCAUCAGUAACGAGGAAGAGUUAAAACAUAGUGCGAACAAUGGUUUGAAAAUUGCAGUUGAUUUAUGUGAGGAAGUGAAGGCUAAAUAUCCGAAAAUCACAUAUGCGGAUCUUUAUCAGCUUGCUGGGGUUGUUGCAGUUGAGGUCACUGGAGGCCCAACCAUUGACUUUGUUCCUGGCAGAAAGGAUUCAUCGGAAUCUCCUGAAGAAGGACGCCUUCCAGAUGCAAAACAAGGUUCAUUGCAUUUAAGGGAUGUCUUUUAUCGCAUGGGGCUAACAAACAAGGACAUUGUGGCUCUAUCUGGAGGCCAUACAUUGGGAAGGGCCCAUCAAGAUAGAUCAGGCUUCGAUGGCCCCUGGACAAGCAAUCCUUUGAAAUUUGACAAUUCUUACUUUAAGGAACUUCUGAAAGGGGACUCACAGGGACUCCUAAAGCUUCCCACAGACAAGGUUCUUGUUGAGGAUCCAGAGUUUUGUCGCUACGUCGAGCUAUAUGCAAAGGAUGAAGAUGCGUUCUUCGAAGACUAUGCAGCCUCACAUAAGAAACUUUCAGAGCUUGGUUUCACUCCACAAACCAAGGGCAGUGCAAGAUUGGUACAAAGUGUAUUUGGAAUGAUUGUUGUUGUUGCUGCCUUGUUGCUGAGUUUCCUCUAUGAAGAUUGAAGUUCACGGUAGAGUCAAGUGAACAGAAGAAUUCAUGAAUUUUUCAUAUGCAGAACGCAUACAUUGAAUUUGCUCUUUUCAUUUGGAAGUUAUGUAAUUAGACCUGAUUGAACAUCUUGAAGUCAUGCAGAACAGCAGAAGGAAGUUGGCUUGUAGUGGCAAUAUUACGUUGAACUGUUUAUGCAGA